AUGCUUUGGCAGCUCAGCAACUUGCUCCUGGGAACAUCUGGGGAUGAUAGGCAGCACGAACAGGACCUGCAUACAAACAAUGUCAGGUGGGAACCAAAAGGAACACAGGAUAAUGGCUCCGUGGUGUCUGGUCCUACAUUCUUCUCCCUGGAUUACCAUCAUGUGCAGGUCCCCUUUGAGAUCACACUCUGGAUAAUGUUUGCCUCUCUUGCAAAGAUAGGUUUUCACCUCUAUAAUAAGAUGUCCACAGUUGUACCUGAAAGCUGCCUCUUGAUCUUUGUAGGUCUCAUUAUAGGAGGAUUAAUUUACAGUUUAAAUAAUAAAUCUCCACCAGUAAUGGACAGUGACAUAUUUUUCCUGUACUUACUUCCACCAAUAGUCCUUGAAGCAGGAUAUUUUAUGCCCAGUCGACCUUUUUUUGAGAACAUAGGAACCAUUCUGUUGUAUGCUGUAGCUGGAACCAUGUGGAAUGCAUUUGGAAUAGGUCUUUCUCUAUAUGGCUUAUGUCAGGUGAAGUAUUUCAACCUUCAAGAUGUGUCAUUACUCCAUAAUCUUUGGUUUGGUAGUUUGAUUGCUGCAGUAGAUCCUGUGGCUGUACUCUCCGUUUUUGAAGAAAUACAUGUGAAUGAGAAGCUUCAUAUUUUGGUAUUUGGAGAAUCCCUUCUUAAUGAUGCUGUUACUGUUGUACUCUAUAAACUGUUCAAAUCUUUCAAUGAAAUGCCAUCUAUCAAGCUGAUGGAUAUCUUUGCUGCAAUAGGAAAGUUCUUUUUAGUUGGAAUAGGAGGAGUUUUCAUUGGGGUCCUGUUUGGCAUAUGUGCUGCCUUUACCACCCGCUUUACCAAGACCAUCCGCGUCAUUGAACCCCUCUUUGUCUUCUUAUAUAGUUAUCUCUCCUACUUAAGUGCUGAAAUGUUCCAUCUCUCAGGGAUUGUGGCAAUUAUAACCUGUGCUAUGAGCAUGAAGCGCUAUGUGGAAGCUAACAUUUCUCAGAAGUCCCAUACAACUAUCAAGUACUUCAUGAAAAUGUGGAGCAGUGUUAGUGAUACACUCAUCUUCCUCUUCCUUGGCGUUUCUACCAUUGGCAACAGUCAUGAAUGGAAUUGGCCCUACAUUUGUUUUACUGUCAUUUUCUGUCUGAUAUGGAGAGCACUAGGAGUUCUCGUGCUCACUUUCUUCGUGAACAAAUACCAUGUGAAUACAGUCACCAGAAAAGACCAAUUCAUUAUAGCUUAUGGGGGACUGAGAGGAGCAAUCUGCUUCUCACUUGUUUUCCUACUCCCUGAGUUUUGCAGAAAGAAGCUCUUCAUUGCUGCAACUACAGUUGUUAUUUUUUUUACUGUUUUUGUGCAGGGGAUGACCAUUCGUCCUCUUGUCGACUUACUAGAUGUGACAAGAAAGAGAGAGACAACUCCAACUGUGAGUGAGCAGAUUCUCAUUCGGUUCUUUGAUCACUUGUUGGCUGGCAUAGAAGAUAUAUCAGGACACUGGGGACAAUAUUACUGGAAGGACAAAUUGGAAUAUUUAAAUGGAAGAUACCUGCAGAAGAUUUUACUCAGAGAAUAUAACCAGUCCAAAUCAAGCAUUGUGCUUCUUCAUGAAAAACUUGAGAGAAAACAUGCCAUUGAGAUGGUAGAAGCAGGCCAGUUAAUGCACAUGCCAUCCAGUACAUCCUUACUGUAA